AUGGGCGACACUCACGCCGGCCAGGGCACUGCGUCCUUUCCAGUGUCCCUACGACCAUCGCCUCCACGCCAAGACAUUCUGUCUAGCCAAGUGUCUGUCGAGCUGGCUGAGUUCCAGGCACGCCGUGGCAGGUACAUAGACGGUCACUUUGUGCAGCUCACCUCCCCUGACGACCUCGAUAUUCUCGUGGGACCGACAAAUGAAUCCUUCGUUGCCGAAACGGCCUCCCAGUACCAAUUCGCCUCAGACGACGACAGCAUCCGUUCAAACUGCCCUCCCACCGAACAUGUCGACUUCGCACCAAUGAGCCAGCACAUGUCUCCAUGCUCGAUGCCAGACUUUCCUCUCAGCAAUGAUCGUUCUUAUGACACUGGUUUGUUCGAAGCUGGUUCUAACUUCGCCUCCUUUGCAGCACCACCUGCCACCCACACCAACGAUCAAACUUGUCGUGUCCAAGCCACGACAGCUUGUGGGGAUAGGUUGACUGGUGCUGUGCCACAUCCUGCGAACGUCGACAUGGGAUCCAACAUUCUCAACUUCCACCCAGGGCCCUUCACAUAUCGGCAGAACAGGGAUUGCUCUGUUCAGCCAAUGCAGUCGAUCUCAGACCAGCGACCCUUCGAGAUUGGCAUGAUCACGACUCCCUAUAGUCCCGAAUUCUCUGAGAACCGCGAUGCGACCUUAGCCAAAACGUCGCCAUCGAACCCGAGCGUCGACCCAGCACAGCUGAACCUCCGAUCCGCAGAAGAAGCAGCGCCAACAUCGGCACGUAGCACCAGAAAGAAGAGUAAGACCUCAAAACCUGCGGAGGAACAGGUUACGCGGCCUCAGGACAAGAAGAAGAAGACGAAGAAGAAGACUGUUGAGACUCAAAUCGCUCCCCAUGAUCUCCCCAAGCCCAGUCCUGAAGAUCGUGAGGGCGAGCAUUCCCUCGCACCAGCCUCCUCGGGCAAUCAGCAGGUCGCAGGCAGCAGAUCACCGCAGCAGCGACCUACACCGCGUCGAAGCCGUACAGCUCCUAGUGCUAUGCCACCUAUAGGGCAAGAUCGAAUAGCACAGGAUCGAGAGUCGAAACUCCUCCGCCGGCGCAAGACUGCGAACAACAUCCGGGCUCGGUCCAAGGCCGCAAAAGAGGAGCUCGAGGCCAAGUUCGAGGUCGCGAAGGGCGAACACCAAAAUCUUGAGGCCAUGGCCACGGAGCUCAAAGAGGAGGUCUUGCAGCUGAAGAACGAGAUACUACGGCACGGACGGUGCGGCCACAAAGAGAUUCAGCAAUACCUGGAACAUACGGCCAAACAAAUUGUUUCAAACGCCAGCGCCCGACCGUAUUCGUACUUGACGACCUCGUCAUCGAUGAUGGCGCAUGCUGGACACGACUCAGUUGACAAUGUACACAAAUAA